AUGCCGUCUAUAAACCUCGUUUAUACACAACUUAGCGCACAACAAGCUUUGCUCCAAGCACAAGCUAACCAGUCAGCCUUCGUCACUCCAGCGCAACGGUCUCUGAGUACACACACAACUCAGCAGAUCAACGCAUGGAAUUUGCGUCCGGAGAAGGCACCUGUGCCAAACAUCAGAAAGCCAAGUGCGCACGAUACGCGCGACACUUAUGGUGAAACAGAAAGCAAUUAUGUCCAAAACCCGCAAAGAAAGCCGAUCCAAAGCCGUUUGGGCACACACAACAUGAAUACUGAAUGGGACGAUGAAGAAGAUGAUCCAACAUACAAAGGGGAGAGCACAGUAUUCAGCAGACUACACCCAGAAAAUGAAUCGUACAAACCCGCCAAGCGCGCAGGGUAUAACCCAAAAGCAGAACACGACUACACUCUGAGCUAUCGUCCAGACGACAUGGCUGAAAAUUCAAAAUUCAUUAAGGAAAUUACCACGGCCGCUAUAGACAAAACAAAAUUGCCACACAACGUGGGCAAAUACAACGGCUUGACAGACCCGGAUGAUCAUCUCCAAGUUUUUAAUGGCGCGGGAGCAACAGGAGGAUGGAAUUUACCAACCUGGUGCCAUCUCUUCGCUCAAACAUUUGUCGGCGCAGCACGCAUUUGGUUCGACAGCCUGCCAGCAGGAAGAAUCAAAUCAUGGAUCGACUUUCGAGAGAAGUUCCUCGCGCACUUCUCUCAGCAGCGCAGACAUACUAGAGAUCCAGCUGAUUGUUUAAACAUAUGGCGCAAGGACCACGAAAGCGUGGAAGAUUUCAUCACUAGAUACAACAAAGAAUGUCUGGAAAUUGGUGAUAUAGGCGAGAAGAUGAUGCGCGUGCACUUCAUGAGGGCAGUCAAAUGCGACGAUCUAAUCAAGCGAGUAAAGGGAAGAGAUGGAGGACCCAAAGAUUGGGAAACCUUCAUUGAAGCAGCCAAGACCAUUGCGCAAACAGACAAACAGCUGACCGGUGAUGAUCACCGUCAGCGUGGAUAUAACCACAAUGACCGGCACAACAAAAAGGGCAGAAGCCAACCAUGGAAAGCGUCCGGACAUAGAGAAAGAAGCCCAGCAAGGGAGGAUGCGCGCCACACAAUUAAUCAGAUAGCCCACCGGAAAGAGGUAAAAAGGGAAAACAGGGAGAAACAGUGGACACCACUAACAAAGACCCCUUCCGAGGUUUUGGCCACAGAGAAUCACCAAUUUAAACCACCCCUACAAAUGCGAAACAAGAGGGGUCAAGAUCCCAAUAUUUUCUAUGAAUUUCACAAAGACACAGGUCACUUAACUGACGAAUGCUUCAGCUUAAAGCAAGAAAUAGAAAGGGUCUUGAGAGAUGGAAAACACACUUAUUUGGUAAAGGGUGGAAAGCGUGACUAUCGCCAAAUUCAAAGAAGAGAAGAAGGGCCAGAUAACAAAAAACUCCGGAAAUUAGAAACCCACAUGGUUCAAGGGGGUCCGCGAAAGCCAAGAAAAAAUUAUAACAAACGCGCACAAGACGACUCGUGGCGCGAAAGGCAAGUUGUCUUCCCUAUUGUAAGAGGAGGCCCAAGAGAAAGAAGACCCAUAGUCAUCUCGGGCGUAAUCGGUCACUACCAAACCGAUUACAUUUUCAUUGAUCCAGGGAGCACCGCAGACAUCAUAUACGAACAAUGUUUUAAUCAAUUCGAUCAAGAGGAUAAGGCACGCUUAGAGCCAGUCGAUUACCCACUUACUGGUUUCUGCAAUGAAGCCGUCUUUCCUCUCGGGCAGAUAUCAUUCCCGGUGUUACUCUCAAAUGGAAGAAGCAAAACCGGUGGUACAUGCCAAGCGCCACUUAGGAGACAUAAAACACGAUGUUGA